UUCAUGAAAAGGGCUGGUGUUUUUCCACGAGGCAUUAUAAAGUCAGACUAAAGGUUCAGUUCUCAGAGCAGCGUCAACAUGGCCAGGGUCUGGUUUGGAGUCCUGUUUGUCUCAGUCUGGCUGAACUUCUCAAGCUGCCUAGUUCUACAGUUCAACUUUGUUCAUAAAUCUUUGAAUUGGACUGAAGCUCAGACCUACUGCAGAGAUAAAUAUGUAGAUCUGGUCACCAUACAAAACCCUGAAGAAAAUUCAAUACUUCUCAACUUGCUUUCAGCUGCUGGUCAUGACUCUGAUGUCUGGAUUGGUCUGUUCAAUGAAAUCGACUGGAGAUGGUCUGAUGGCUUCUCAGGAAUCGGAGCUGAUUACAGGAACUGGACACCAUCCAAUGAUGAGCCUAACUUUGCUUCAGGCGAUCAGUUUUGUGUUAAUGCUGACAUUGAAGGAACAUGGUGGGAUGAUUUCUGUGGCAAUGAGUACCCGUUUAUCUGUUACAAUGGCACAGAGCUGGAACCUGAAUAUGUUUACGUGGCGGAAGGAAGAAAUUGGGCAGAUGCCCAGAAAUACUGCAGGGAGUUCUUCAUUGAUCUGGCCACAAUGAGGAAUAACACAGAAAACCAGAUGGCCCUGACCUUGAUACCAUCUGGUGAAUACUCGUGGAUUGGACUAUCUAGAAACUCAAACAGUUUUCACUGGUCUGAUGGAAGCUCUUUCCUCUUCUCCAACUCUGACGGAAUCUAUAAUCCACUCGGCUCAAUGAAGGUCAUAUGUGGUGCAACAUCUAAUAUGAGCUCAGGAGAAUAUAAGUUUUUACCCUGUGAAAGCAAACUACCAUUUGUCUGCUACAGUUUUCUUCCUGUUGAAGAAAUCAAAAAAAGGGUUGUGAAGCUGAGACUGAAGACAGACGACUUGGUGGAUCUGAAUGAGGAUUCUCUGAAAGCAAACAUCCUAAAAACACUCCAGGAUAAACUGGCAGAGCAUGGCGUGAGUGGAGUCACGUUGAAGAUAAGACAACAGGCUGACGGAGAAGUUUUUAAAAAGGAGAAUGACCGAAAGAAGACUGAACUGUAAAACAUCUGUUAUUUCAUGAUCCCUCAUUUUUUUUCCUUUGAGUUGAAGUUGUAAUAUACUCAUUCAUUACACUAGAAUACUACUAAAAGUCCUAUUUCAAUACUUAUAUUGAUGUAAUCAAGUCUAUUCCAAUACUUCAAAAACUAUUAGCCAAAAAUUGCCACAAGAAACUCAAUAAAUUGAAUCAAAUCUCCUCACAUAGACUGACACAGAGUGGUGUUAAACAUGUAGGAUGAAAAAAACACAAACAGUUUGUAGAAGAUAAAAGAAACAUAGAGAGUCCUAAGUAACAUAUUAUAUUGAAAUGCAUUUAAUUAAACUUUUGUGUAAAUGUUUUACACCCCACCAAAGCCCAAAUGUUUCUCUAUAGGCAGCAGGUUCAACCGCUCUACCAGACUGUUCUACAGUUCUUUAGAAUAAAUAAAAGGAAAAUAUUUUAUAGGGCUAAUUCUUUUCCUGUUUAGGCUUUUUGAACUAGAUAAAAGGUUGAUAAGACCAAAUUGUACUUUAAUUUUUAUGUUAGAAAUAUAGAAAUCUUUUGUGUGAAGUAAAAUAAGUUAUUUAUGAAGUACUAUAAUUUUUCUCCUGAGGCUCUAUGUUAGUUUCUGAAAAAAUGUUAUUAUUUGUUAGCUCUAUUAUUCAGACUUGCUACAAAUUAUUUAUUUCAAAACUUUGACAACUUAAUCAUGUGUACUUUUUAUUUGGACGGCAUGUUUUCAAACUGAGUAAAUUUAGAAAUAAAACCAA